AUGAGUAGAGCGAGCUCUCUAUCUCUCUCUCUCUCUCUCUCUCUCUCUCUCUCUCUCUCUCUCUAUCUCUCUCUCUCUCUCUCUCACAGCUUCCUAUGUGGAAUGUAUCUUGUAUUGCUGCUGCAUCAAUUGAGCAGCAGUAAGGGACUAAGAGAAUAAAUACAGUGCAAGACAGUCAGCACAGUGUGUGUGUGCCUGGUGCAUUGUCACGUCUCACAGAGUGAAAGGGCAUCAAUCCCAGCAGACCCCUGGCCUCAGGGGCUCAAGCCAUCAUUACAUUACUCAUGCUGCCUCUCUGGCUGUGUGUAUGUGAGUGGCUCUCUGGCCAAAACCAGCAUCAGCUCCACCCUUAACCUCCCCCUGCCUCCAUUCCUCCCUCCCUCCCUCCCUCCCUCCCUCCCUCCCUCCCUCCCUCCCUCAUGGCCACAGGGGCUGAGCUAACCUUUUCAGCAAACAAGAAGGCGUCUGUGUUUCUUGAUUUAGAAAAACACAUUUGAUAGCGUUCUGAUUGUUGCUUCCUUCAACCCUGGAGGGAUGGGCAGGACAAUGGUUGGGGUUAAUGGUGUGUUACCUGAGAGAGAGAGACACACACACACACAUACAGACACACACACAGAAAGCAGGACAAUAGUGGAGUUAAUGUUGUUUUACCUCAGAGACAUUGUGCCUCCUGCUGUUUGAAUUAGCUUCCUCCAAUGCCAGGUGAAAGGUGAUUGUUUGUUCCUAGAAAACUGACACCUGGUGAGAUAGCGCGAUACUGGCUUUCAGCAACAAAGACAAAUAGCUAAAUGUGUGUGUGUGUGUGCUUCUAUCUCUCUCACACACUCACAUGCGCGCACGCGCACACACACACACACACACACACACACACACACUCUAUUCUCAUUACAGACCUUUUUGUCUUAAUCCAGAUGAAAAUAAUGACUAUCCCCCUACAAGGACUACAUCUGGCAUGUUCAUUCAAAUGUACUCAUAAUGAGUAUGUUUACAUGCACACUAAUGAUGCAGCGGGCAGAGUAUGGCAUUAGUCAUGUAAACACCUUACUCUUAAUCGGCGUAAGGUCAUAAUCGAAAUAAGCAUACGCCGAUUAAAACACCUGGAUUUCUAAGCAAUCUUUCGAAUUAUUAAGACAUGUAAACACCUUAAUCAGAGUUCCAGCGGUGUAUUUGAGCUGCACAUGUUAUAGCACCAGCAGCGCAAGCUUCCAUCUUUUGCACGAGUGAAGUGAGUUCGGAAAAACGGAUGCAUCUUAGAAAUAGUUCUCACAUACAAACUUUAUGUGUCUGAACUGGAGAGUUAACUAUUGAGUGUCUGGCUUGCAUGGACAGAGGCAUGAUUUGAUGUCACAACAAAUUGAAACCAAAACAAACAGAAACAGAUUUUUAUGUUUCCUGAAAUCAUAAUCUCAAAGCAGUUGUCAUGGCACGAGGUCCCAGAGUUUUGCAUGGUCAGGUCAUGCGGUCAGGAAGAACUCCUAGCUGGGCCUACAAUGGCCCAUGUACAUGUUGUGGCUGCGGCCUGAUCAGACAGACAGUGACUAAGGUUCAGCGUCAGACUUGUACAAAAGCUGAAGAGCAGACACACAUCCAGUUACUUUAUUGCAGGUGCUGGAGUUCUACUGUAGGUGAACUCAUGGACAAUGAAAAGGAAAACUCUGCACUCUGCUGUUCAUGCUCCCAGGUGAUUUUAUUGAUACAACGUUUCGACCCUUAAAUCCAGUCAAACGUCCCCAAUUGGCCCACAAGGCCAAAACCAGGAUUGAAUAGGCAAAAAACUCAGUUAGUCCGACUGGAUUGCCAGUGAUAAUGUCCAUGGUCUAUUAGGAUCUAUUAGGGACUGGCAGAUGUCGAGAAUCAUGCUUGACCCGAGGGCUUAAAGAAAACAAUCGAAUUCUGGUCAACAAACAUAACGUCAUUAAGCCAGAUAAAGAGUCGGCGGUCACAUGGGAGUGCCUUUUAAGAGUAGAGAGAGGGAUGAGUCCGGACAGACACAUUCCAAAGGAGAAACACCAACCAAGAGGAGAGAGGUCAGAGAAAAAGAGAGUUGGAGCCCAGUUUUCGAUAAAGUUCAAUCGAGAGAAAAAGACUACUGAGAAAAAGAUAAGGAACUGAGAAGACAGGAUACUGUGAAAGACUUUGAGACUUUAGCAUUAGACACCUCCUGGAGAUAAAGAUACAAGAGAAGAGGGCAUAGUGAAGGAUCGUCAUUGUGAAGAAACAGACAUCUGGAAUGGAGUGUAAGAACAACAGACAGACGAGGAAGAGGAAUAAUUUAGCAUUGACAGUCCGUAUAACAAAGCAGACCAUCCUUUGAAUGAGGAGAUAAAGGUAGAGAAGAGUAAGAUCGAGUUACCGUAAAGCUAACAGACCAACCUACUGACACACCGGCCAACUGACCGACCAACCAACCGACUGACUGACUGACCAACCAAUCCAGAGUAUUGUGUGUCCGAGGUUAUGCGUCUCCUCAACAAGGACCUGAGGCUGCAGGACGUGACUCUGAUGUAGCCUCCUACCAGGUAGAUCCUGCUACCAGCGCCUCCUGGGGAGGAUCCACCCCCACCUCCACCUCCACCCCCCUGCUGCUGCCCUACCACAUGCCCCUUGACCCCCGUGGACACCUCCACCUGUCCUGGAACAUCUCCUACCCCUCCAUGAGCUGUACCUGGAGGUGCGGUGCAGCGAGAUGACACACGGCCUGGUAUUGGGGAUGUCCGACCGCAGGGAACUCACCAAAGCUGACCUAGUGGUCCUGUGGGAUGAUGGCCACCAGGGGUAAGGUAGGUUAGAGAGUGUGAUGCUGACCAAGGUUGUGGGUUCGAUUUCUGCAUGGGCGGGAUAAAGUCGAUCUUGUUCUGAGUUCAGCUCUGCCCUGGAGGGCAGAACAAAUGUGAAUGGUUUGGAUGAAAGAAAACCUUAACCAAUUGAGAUAACUUGCCUAAACUUAACCAAUCCCAUUUGUUUCUGCCCUCGAGGCAAAGCUGCCCCCAGAAUAAGCUUGAAUAAGGAAAAAGAAAAUCUGCCAUAUUAUAGCUGGUGCCCGUUGUAUUAGCUUUACUGUAUGUAAGAGGUGGUUCAUUCCGAUGGUAGAGAGCCAGGCAGGAUGUGCCUUUAUCGUGAUCAUCCUAAGGUGGGGAGGUUUUUAUAAGAUAGAUCCAUAUGGACAUAAAAAAAACAAAUUUCCGGUCAUUUGAAAACAAAUGACCGGAAAUACUGUAUACUCCAAAUGUUAGCUAUACAUCUUGUGACUCAUGAAAUAUACACAUGGAGAAAAUCAGAUUUUCUCAAAAUAAACAUUUCAUAUCAACUAAAGUUUGCAACGCUUUCGAAAGAACGUCGCUCACUUUCCAUGUGAGGACAGGAGUCUUAUUAUAGGAAUGAUCCCAGCCUACUGUCUGUCUAUGUGGGAUCCUCUUUUCCCAGCACUCCUGUCUGUCUGAGAAGCCUGCUUAUAUGUGCUUGAUGAGUUCCGUAGCGAUAGCCUGACAAGACACUCGCCCCCCCCAACACUUCACCCAGCCUCCAUCUCCCUCCAUCCCUCCAUCCCUUACACUUCACCGUCCCUCCAUCUACAUCUCGGUCAGACUGACAUGGCUCUCUUUCUCAACUCCAGACCCCCUCACCACCUCAAUCCUUCUCUGCACCCUCCCUCUCUCUCCCUUCCUUUCUCAGCUCCUUUCCUCUCUCCCUCCUUUCCUCCUCUCUCCCUCCUCCCUCCAGAUCACCUCCAUCACUCUCUAUCUUUCUCUCAGUGAGUGGAUCUGGUAGAUUAUUCUAAUCCACCACAGGGCAGCACACAUACAUCAUACAUCCCUUUUCACUCCUCCUGCCUCUGCCUAGACCCGUCCCGUCCCGGGCCUGCCUGUCCGCCUCUCUGCCUCUCUGUGAGGAGCUGCUGCUUAGAUGCCUGCCUGCUGCGCCAUCUCUCCAAACGAAUGUUGAAUGGCCCCUCUGAUCCCUGUACCAGGGAGGAGGUCCAACAGGGACGGAUGAAGGGAGAGAGUGAGAAAUGAGAAGGCGAGAGAGAGAGAGAGAACUCCGAACAUCUGUUAAAAGCCUGGGACCCCUGUGGUCACAACAGCACAGCGAAACCGCAUUUUAGAGCGGUUCCGCUGUGACUGAGGUGCACAGAGUCUAACUAACCCUGACACAUGGAGUGUCCCUGGUCAAGUUGGGCUUUUUACUAAAUGUGUGGCUUCUUUGGAGUCUUUACUCUUCGACCCAUCCCAGAGCAAUCAUACAAGGGGAAUAAAACAGGUCUUGGGUGGAGGGUUCUAUUUCGGAGCAUGUUACAUGCGGACAACGUGAUUGAAGGAGACAGACUCAGCUGUUAUGAUUGGCUCCUGGGAUAUGCAUCUCGCCUGCUGUAAUGAAGACGCUGUGUGUCGAGAAGCAGGUGCAGGUGAAACGUCGAAUAAAACAACAAACAUGGAACGAGACAACAUAGCAGUAGUGUCUACACAAAACCACAGGAAUAAUACUGACUGGGGAAAGAACCUAAGGGAGUGCCAGAUAUAGGGGAGGUAAUAAGUGAGGUAAUGGAGUCCAGGUGUGCCUCAUGAUGACGUGCAGGUGCGCGUAAUGAUAGAUGCCAGGUGUGUGUAAUGAUGGAUCCCAGGACCGGUGGUUAGUGUUCCGGCGACGUCGAACGUCGGAGGGGAGGAGCGGAAGUAGACGUGACACCUGCUCACCUGAGUGUAGGGUUAGGCGUCCACAGAAUGACGUCACAUAUGUUUUGGAAAUACUUACUUGGUUAUGGGAUGUUUCCGCUGUGUAACUUGAAUUACAAUUGUCCAGCAUGUGGGCUGCUGUCCAUAGUGCUGAAACAUACAAAUGGACCUAGUAUCUGACCAUCAUCUUGUGUGUGUGUUUGUUUGUUUGUGUUCAUGCAUGUGUGUGUGUGUGUGCACGUGUGUGUAUGCAUCUCUCUCUCUCUGUGUGUUACUCCAGGAUGCGUGGAGUGACAGUCAGGGCCGUGUGAGUCUGGACAGCCAGCUGAUGACGGCCACUCAGACACCUGAGGGAUUCUCCCUGCUUUUCAAGAGGCCUGUCAGCACCUGCGACCCACAAGACUACAUCAUAGAGGUAAGAGAGAGAAAGUGGCAGGUGGUAAGUAUUUCUGUUAGCACCUGUGACCCCAGUGAGGUAACACGUAGAGGUAACAUAUUAUUAUACUGUUCUGUACUGGGAGGGAGGGAGGAGGGAGGGGGCGGGGGGGGGGGGGGGGGGGGGGGGGGGGGAGAAAAGGGUUGAGAGAAAAAGAAAGAGAGAAAAAAAAAAGAGGUCAAGAGAGGUAUAAUAUAGAGACUGAUCUUUGUGCUUGCUUGUGAUUGGCAGGAGGUCACUGUCCACCUGAUCUACGGAGUGUUGGAUCGGCCAAUCCGCUCGCUCCAGCAGCUCAAACUGUCCUAGAUCGAAGACAGGGGUGCAGAGAGCCCUCCUGCUGCGCCCUGACACCCCGACCCCCUCCCUGCCCCAGGACAUACAGACCCUGGAGGUGCGGAACCACGACGUCACCAUCCCCACCCAGGAGACCACCUACUGGUGCCUACUGAUGGAACCUUAUAAUUAGAAUGACUUUUAGUUAUUCCACAGAAUUAUAAUUAAUCUUAUUAAUUAUAUUUCUUUGGAUGGAACAUUGAAGCCCAAUCCUAAAUCCAACUGUAUGCUCUAGCCCCUAGGCAUUCGAAUAGAUCUGAGAAAAUUGGAUAAGUGUAAUCAAUAUGACAAUAUCCCUCCCCAACCUUAUUGCUUAGCCCCACCCAAUCUUUUGGAUAGGUGCCAGGAGUUGAUUUUGAAUUGGGCUAAGGAAUGAGUAGUCAAUACCAUGGAGUCCAUACCAGAGUAUUUUCACCUCAUCUUCUGUCCCCCCUCCGCUCCUCCUCCUCCUCCUCCUCCUCCUCCUCCUCCUCCUCCUCCUCCCUCUUCCUUCCAGUAUGAGACAGUGGUAACCCCAGGUAACGAGGCCAUAGUGCACCACAUGGAGGUGUUUGAGUGUUCUCCUGAGAUGGAUACGGUCCCCCAGUUCAGCGGAUCCUGUGACUCUAAGAUGAAGCCAGCCAGCCUCAACUACUGUCGCCACAUCCUGGCUGCCUGGGCCAUGGGAGCGGAGGUAACCAAACACUGCAGGGACGGCACCAGUCACACACACACACGCACACCAUACCUGGGUUCAAAUAGUAUUUGUUUUCUUUCAAGUACUUUAGCUGGGCUUGAUUGAGCCUGUCUGGUGCAAUAGAGUACUCCCAAAAGUGCAAUUCCCACCCAUCAGACACUCCAAGUAGGUUCAAUCAAAUGCUCAAAGUAUUAGAAGAAAUAAUUAACACUAUUUGAACUCAGGUCUAACACAAAUCAAUACAUAUCAAUACUGCCUGGAAAAUAUUAAUUAAAGAUCAUACAAUUUUCACUUCACAUUAAGUGGUCUUAAUAACUUUGUUAUGGACAUGUUAAUGAUAUAGGCAGAUACAGGGCAAUUAUGUGGUGUCCCAUGUGACUCAGCUUGCAACACCAGGGUUGUGGGUUCGAUUCCCACGGGGGACAAGUACGAAAAAGUAUGAAAAUGUAUGCACUCAGUACUGUAAGUCACUCUGGAUAAAAGCGUCUGCUAAAUGACUAAAAUGUAAAUAUAGGUUAACUGUCACUUUGAGGAUGUAAUUGGUUAACGUCAUGCUGCUCAAUUCGUUGAUGACCAACAUGACCCGCCUACAGGGAGGAGUUGAGAGCCCUGGCGGAGUGGUGCCAGGAAAAUAACCUCUCCUUCAACGUUAACAAAAUUAAGGAGCUGACCGUGGACUACAGGAAACAGCAGAGAGAGCACGCCCCCAUCCACAUCGACGGGGCCGCAGCAGAGAGCGUAAAAAGCUUGAAGUUCCUCGGUUUGCACAUCACUGACAAUCUGAAAUGGUCCCUUCACACAGACAGUGUGGUGAGGAAGGCGCAACAGUGCCUCUUCAACCUCAGGAGGCUGAAGAAAUUUGGCUUGGCCCCUAAGACCCUCACAAACUUCUACAGAUGCACCAUUGAGAGCAUACUGUCUAGCUGUAUCACCGCCUGGUACGGCAAUUGCACCGUCCGCAACCACAGGGCUCUCCAGAGGGUGGUGCGGUCAGCCCAAAGCAUCACUGGGGGCACACUGCCUGCCCUCCAGGACAUCUACUGCACCCGGUGUCACAGGAAGACCUCAGCCACCCGAGCCACGGCCUGUUCAACCUGCUACCAUCUAGAAGGCGGAGACCGUACAGGUGCAUCAAAGUUGAGACUGAGAAACAGCUUUUAUCUCCAGGCCAUCAGACUGUUAAACAGUCACCCCUAGGUAGCCUAGCGGUUAGAGCGUUGGGCCAGAAACCGAAAUGUCGCUGGUUCAAAUACUGGAGCCAACAAGGUGAAAGAAGUGGUGGUGGUGUUAAAAGUAACUGUCCCUUCUGACAUUUUCUGAAUCUAAAAGAAGUUGGGGAAACAACCAUAUAAAAGUGGUAUACCACCACAACAUGCCAUAGCGCAACUCUCCCACAAGGAGAUGCCUUAGAACAGUGCCCAAGAGGUAGCCAUACCUCUGGUGGAACGAGCCCUUCCGGGCUGUAAGACUUUCCAUUACAUAGACUGACCAAGUGAAAGCUAUGAUCCCUUUUUGAUGUCACUUGUUAAAUCCACUUCAAUCAGUGUAGAUGAAGGGGAGGAGACAGUUUAAAGAAGGAUUUUUAAGCCUCGAGACAAUUGAGACAUGUAUUGUGUAUGUGUGCCAUUCAGAGGGUGAAUGGGCAAGUAUUUUUUAACAGAGUAUGGUAGUAGUAUGUCAAGAACUGCAAUGCUGCUGGGUUUUUCACACUCAACAGUUUCCCGUGUUUACAUUUACAUUUAGCAGACGCUCUUAUCCAAAGCGACUUACAAAUUGGUGCAUUCAACUUAUGAUAGCCAGUGGGACAACCACUUUUUAUUUAAUUUUAUGGGGGGGUGGUGGAGGGGGGGGUAGAAGGAUUACUUUUAUACUAUUCCAGGUAUUCCUUAAAGAGGUAGGGUUUCAAGUGUCUCCGGAAGGUGGUCAGUCACUCCGCUGUCCUGGCGUCGUGAGGGAGCUUGUUCCACCAUUGGGGUGCCAGAGCAGCGAAUAGCUUUGACUGGGCUGAGCGGGAACUGUGCUUCCGUAGAGGUAGGGGGGCUAGCAGGCCAGAGGUGGAUGAACGUAGUGCCCUCGUUUGGGUGUAGGGUCUGAUCAGAGCCUGAAGGUAAGGAGGUGCCGUUCCCCUCACAGCUCCGUAGGCAAGCACCAUGGUCUUGAAGUAGAUGCGAGCCUCAACUGGAAGCCAGUGGAGUGUGCGGAGGAGCGGGGUCACAUGAGAGAACUUGGGAAGGUUGAACACCAGACGGGCUGCAGCGUUCUGGAUAAGUUGUAGGGGUUUAAUGGCACAGGCAGGGAGCCCAGCCAACAGUGAGUUGCAGUAAUCCAGACGGGAGAUGACAAGUGCCUGGAUUAGGACCUGUGCCGCUUUCUGUGUAAGGUAGGGUCGUACUCUGCGAAUGUUGUAGAGCAUGAACCUGCAGGAUCGGGUCACCGCUUUGAUGUUAGCGGAGAACGACAGGGUGUUGUCCAGGGUCACGCCAAGGUUCUUUGCACUCUGGGAGGAGGACACAAUGGAGUUGUCAACCGUGAUGGCGAGAUCAUGGAGUGGGCAGUCCUUCCCCGGGAGGAAGAGCAGCUCAGUCUUGCCGAGGUUCAGCUUGAGGUGGUGAUCCGACAUCCACACUGAUAUGUCUGCCAGACAUGCAGAGAUGCGAUUCGCCACCUGGUUAUCAGAAGGGGGAAAGGAGAAAAUUAAUUGUGUAUCAUCUGCAUAGCAAUGAUAGGAGAGACCAUGUGAGGAUAUGACAGAGCCAAGCUCAAUUUUAGUCUCAUCUGACCAGAGUACCUUCUUCAAUAUGUUUGGGGAGUCUCCCACAUGCCAUUUGGCGAACACCAAACGUGUUAAGCAAUGGCUUUUUUCUGGCCACUCUUCCGUAAAACCCAGCUCUGUGGAGUGUAUGGCUUAAAGUGGUCCUAUGGACAGAUACUCCAAUCUCCGCUGUGGAGCUUUGCAGCUCCUUCAGGGUUAUCUUUGGUCUCUUUGUUGCCUCUCUCAUUAAUGCCCUCCUUGCCUGGUCCGUGAGUUUUGGUGGGCGGCCCUCUCUUGGCAGGUUUGUUGUGGUGCCAUAGACUUUCCAUUUUUUUAUAAUGGAUUUAAUGGUGCUCCGUGGGAUGUUCAAAGUUUCUGAUAUUUUUUUAUUACCCAACCCUGAUCUGUACUUCUCCACAACUUUGUCCUUGACCUGUUUGGAGAGCUCCUUGGUCUUCAUGGUGCCGCUUGCUUGGUGGUGCCCCUUGCUUAGUGGUGUUGCAGACUCUGGGGCCUUUCAGAACAGGUGUAUAUAAACUGAGAUCAUGUGACAGAUCAUGUGACAUUAGAUUGCACACAGGUGGAUUUUAUUUAACUAAUUAUGUGACUUCUGAAGGUAAUUGGUUGCACCAGAUAUUAUUUAGGGGCUUUAUAGCAAAGGGUGUGAAUAUAUAUGCACGCACCACUUUUCCGUUAUUUAUUUUUUAGAAUCAAGUGAUUUUUUUCAUUUUGAACUAUUUUGUGUAUGUCCAUUACAUGAAAUCCAAAUAAAAAUACAUUUAAAUUACAGGUUGUAAUGCCAAGGGGGUUAAUACUUUUGCAAGGAACUGUACGUACUGUACAUGCGUGCGUGCGUGCAUGUGUGUGUGUGUGUGUGUGUGUGUAAAUUAUGCAUAUGUCUAUGGUGUAUGUAGGCACCUGAGCUGAGCCAUAAGGGAAACUGGGCAUCUACCACCCCACUAUCAGUUAGGGGGGGCAAUGUUUGCUUUUUGUCCAGCCCCCACUUUUGAUCUGAAAUCACCACCACCCAUGAAUUAAUUUGUCAUUUUUGCAGAUUAAAAGUGUUAGCGCUAGUAAUGUAUCACUAUUUAUAUUUUAAAAAUUAGCUAUGACAUAGCCAAUGAAUAUAUAGCACCUCUGGAUUUCACCCCAGUCUCAUAAUCGAAUGGUUUAGACCAUUUGGAAGUUGAUGGACUAGGAGUGAGCUUCUCUUCUUCUCCCGCUUUGACCAUGCAGUGCAGGUAUAAAAGUGAUUGCUGUCCUCUUUAUGAAAUCAUUAACUUUACCCUGUAUAAAAUGACCAUAUAUACUGAUUGUUUCAAGCAAAACUACCCAAAUUAUUGCUGAUGGUGAACCUGAACAAUCGAACAGCCUCUUAAAGAAGUUGUUACAGGUCUGUGAGAGCCAGAAAACUUGCUUGUUUGUAGGUGACCAAAUACUUAUUUUCCACCAUAAUUUGCAAAUAAAUUCAUUAAAAAUCCUACAAUGUGAUUCUCUGGGAAAAAAAUUCUCAAUUUGUCUGUCAUAGUUGACGUGUACCUAUGAUGAAAAUUACAGGCCUCUCUCUUUUUUUUAAGUGGGAGAACUUGCACAAUUGGUGGCUGACUAAAUACUUUUUUCCCCCACUGUAUAGCCAGAUGAGAGUUGCGUCUCCGGUGGUACCUUAGGCUACUUUUAUAAAAAACACAUUUUUCAACAGUGCAUUUGAUAAGUAAUAACCUAGCAAAUUGGUUGUCACUCAACUAAUAAAGCCUAACACUGCGCAAGACAUUUUACAGAUAUUUAAAUGAUGAAGGUGACGCACAGAUGUGCAAGAUCAGGAAUAGGCCUACAGUGAGGGAAAAAGGAUUUGAUCCCCUGCUGAUUUUGUACGUUUGCUCACUGACAAAGAAAUGAUCAGUCUAUAAUUUUAAUGGUAGGUUUAUUUGAACAGACGAUUCGCAGAAUAACAACAAAAAAAUCCAGAAAAACGCAUGUCAAAAAUGUUAUGAAUUGAUUUGCAUUUUAAUGAGGGAAAUAAGUAUUUGACCCCUCUGCAAAACAUGACUUACUACUUGGUGGCAAAACCCUUGUUGGCAAUCACAGAGGUCAGACGUUUCUUGUAGUUGGCCACCAUGUUUGCACACAUCUAGGAGGGAUUUUGUCCCACUCCUCGUUGCAGAUCUUCUCCAAGUCAUUAAGGUUUCGAGGCUGACGUUUGGCAACUCGAACCUUCAGCUCCCUCCACAGAUUUUCUAUGGGAUUAAGGUCUGGAGACUGGCUAGGCCACUCCAGGACCUUAAUGUGCUUCUUCUUGAGCUACUCCUUUGUUGCCUUGGCCAUGUGUUUUGGGUCAUUGUCAUGCUGGAAUACCCAUCCACGACCCAUUUUCAAUGCCCUUGCUGAGGGAAGGAGGUUCUCACCCAAGAUUAGAUGGUACAUGACCCCGUCCAUCAUCCCUUUGAUGCGGUGAAGUUGUCCUGUCCCCUAAGUAGAAAAACACCCCCAAAGCAUAGGCAGCAUUCCUCCUCCUCCAAACACGGCGAGUUGAUGCCAAAGAGCUCGAUUUUGGUCUCAUCUGACCACAACACUUUCACCCAGUUCUCCUCUGAAUCAUUCAGAUGUUCAUUGGCAAACUUCAGACGGCCCUGUAUAUGUGCUUUCUUGAGCAGGGGGACCUUGCAGGCGCUGCAGGAUUUCAGUCCCUCACAGCGUAGUGUGUUACCAAUUGUUUUCUUGGUGACUAUGGUCCCAGCUGCCUUGAGAUGAUUGACAAGAUCCUCCCGUGUAGUUCUGGGCUGAUUCCUCACCGUUCUCAUGAUCAUUGCAACUCCACGAGGUGAGAUCUUGCAUGGAGCCCCAGGCCGAGGGAGAUUGACAGGUCUUUUGUGUUUCUUCCAUUUGCGAAUAAUCGCACCAACUGUUGUCACCUUCUCACCAAGCUGCUUGCCGAUGGUCUUGUAGCCCAUUCCAGCCUUGUGUAGGUCUACAAUCUUGUCCCUGACAUCCUUGGGGAGCUCUUUGGUCUUGGCCAUGGUGGAGAGUUUGGAAUCUGAUUGAUUGAUUGGUUCUGUGGACAGGUGUCUUUUAUACAGGUAACAAGCUGAGAUUAGGAGCACUCCCUUUAAGAGUGUGCUCCUAAUCUCAGCUCGUUACCUGUAUAAAAGACACCUGGGAGCCAGAAAUCUUUCUGAUUGAGAGGGGGGUCAAAUACUUAUUUCCCUCAUUAAAAUGCAAAUCAAUUUAAAACAUUUUUGACAUGCGUUUUUCUGGAUUUUUUUGUUGUUAUUCUGUCUCUCACUGUUCAAAUAAACCUACCAUUAAAAUUAUAGACUGAUCAUUUCUUUGUCAGUUGGCAAACGUACAAAAUCAGCAGGGGAUCAAAUACUUCUUUCCCUCACUGUACCUCUCAUUGGUCAGCACGUGAAGCUGCGCAGUGUGACUAGGCUACUGAUAUUGCCUGGUGUUGUUCAGCAUGCAUAAUGACUUGUAGAUCAGGGACUGUCAACACAAUUACAUGCUUAGUUCGACACUGAAGGAGAGGGAGCAGUUGUCACAAAAGAUGAGAGUUAUUUUCGGAAGGUAGACAGAAAGUAAUUUGAGCCCCAGAAAAAUGUGAACCGACGAUUCGCAAAGUUUUAAUCGAUUUCCUGAUGAAUGCCUGCUACAUUUGGAUCGCUUUGGGGUCCCGCAGACCGAUGCACUCAUAUCUUAAACAUUUGAACCAGUGACAGAUGCAUAUUGGUGAAUCGUUACAUCCCUAACACAGAGGUAGUUGCUGCUCUAAAGCAAUACUCUCGCUUUCAUCCAAUCAAAUGUGCCAGGUGCAUGCUGAACACAAACGGUGGAGACCCUCUACUUCCAUAAACAGGAAGAGAGGUGGGUAUAACCACAAGCUCCAGGGCGCGACAACACAUUUUCCGCUGACCCUUGGCAUGAAGGGUGGGUUUGGGUACCAAGGAGGACCCCAGGGGUAAACUGAAGGUACGAACAGUGGGCUGACAGUGUGUUGCAGCCCCCUCACUCGCUUUGUAGGCGUAGUGUAGAUGGCAAAGUGGGUUAGAAAGAGAAGUAUUACAUCUCUUAGCUUUUCAGUUGCUCAAGAGGCCACCAUGAGAAAGCCUCAAGCACAAUAGACGGGUCCCAGUGACGGGGCUAAAUGCUUAAAGAAAAAAAGACAAAAGGCAUCACAUGGGUAUUAGUCCAUCGCCAUUAUGUGAGUUCGGGCACACAUUGAGAGAUAAUAAGCAACUAAUUAUCUCAAACACUGAGCACAAUGACAUUUAAUCAAUUACAAAUUACAUGACCCUCCCCUGAACUAAAUUUAAAAAAAUACUAAACCCUCCCCAUGACUGAAAUUGAAAAAGCAUGACCCUCCCCCAUUUUCCUCCGGAUAACAAUUGUGUACAUUUUGACCGCUCCAGAAUGCUCUUUUAGUGUAAGAGGUGUUUCAAAGACCAAUAAGGUGUUUAAUAGACCAAUAAGAGAGUUCCAAACCUCUCUCCCAAUAACAUCUAAUUUUCCGUUUUCACCGGCCCGCCUCAGAGCACUCCCAGACAGUCCUACAAAAAUUCGUGCUUGAGAAAUUGCUCUUUGGUAAGAAGCUACUGUUGUUUCUUUUUGACAAUUUUAAUUUAAAACAAAUCACAGUAUUGUUACCCAGAAAUUAUUUGAUAUUGAGCUAAAAACGGCUGCAUUGGAACUUUAAUUGACAACCACAAAAUCAACAUUUUGCAAUGGCCAUAUCAGUCUCUGGACUUGAACCCUGUUGAAAGCCUGUGAUUUGAAUUGAAGAGGGCAGUCCAUAAGCGCAGACUAAGGAUAUCAAGGAUCUGGAAGGAUUGUGUAUGGAGGAAUGGUCUAAGAUCCCUCCCAAUGUGUUCUCCAACCUCAUAAAACAUUUUAGAAAAAGGCUCAGUGUAGUUAUCCUCGCAAGGGGAGGGUGCCAGAGUAUUGAAAAAGGGGAUCCAAUCAUUUUGACACCGAUCUUUCUCUGUGCAAUUAUAUUAGUAUAAAAUAAUAUUUUUUGAGCAUACAAUAUAGCUCAGUAUCUGUAUUAUUUCAGUCUUUUUUUCUCAUCUUCAUCAAGGGAUCCAAUAAUUCCGGACCACACUGUAUACACACACACACACACACACGCUGUUUUAGUCUUCUCUGGAUCAAUAAGACAUGCUAUUUUCUUUCUGUGUUGGCUGAAACUUCUCCUUUUACUGUGGAUGAUUCACAUCUCCAAUGAUACAAACAAUUUGACAUCAAUUAUAAAAAUAACAUACAAAAUAAUGCAUCUGUGUGUGCCUGUGUACUGUUCAGUCUUUGUACAGGGCUGCCAAUGUGGUCCAGGUCCAUCCAGGUUCCUUCGGCUGGAGGUGCACUACCACAACCCACUUCUCAUCUCAGGUAUCACAGAAUUACACUAAUUUACCCAUCCCUCAGCCUUUGAGUACAGCUGAUUUGAUUUUCUACCUGGUUGUUAAUUGAUCAAGUCAUGUCACUGAUUGACAAGAGUCCACACACCUGGUGUUACCUGAUUGAAGGGAGAGCAUGAAAACCAAAAGUACCAGUUGUAUACCCCUGCUCUAAAAAGUCUCCCCAUAUCCCUGCUUCUUCCUUUGAAUCCACUACCAUCAUCCUCAUUCUACUCAACUUCAUCUCUCCCCUCCCCAUGUCAUCCAUCACUCUCUAUUCCUCUACCCCUUCUUCUUAAACCCCAUCCCCUCUCUACCUCAUCUUUUAUCCCAUCCCCCACUCAACCAGUCUUCUCCUCUUUCCUUCUCCCUCCAUCACCCUUUCUACCACUACAUCUCCUCCCUCGGUCUCCUUUUACUCCCUCCCCCACUCCACCUCCUCCCUCUACCGCUCAAUCCCACCUGCCUCCCCUUCCUCUCUGACUGGUUGUACUCCGUCCCCUGCAGGUCGUAAGGACAACUCAGGGGUGCGCCUGUACUAUACCCCCAGCUCGAGGCGGUACAACGCAGGCAUCAUGGAGCUGGGGCUGGUCUAUAUCCCGGUCAUGGUCAUACCACCGAGAGAGCAGAACUUUCAGCUUACAGGAUACUGCACGUCCAACUGUAUACAAACUGUUAGGGUUUAUGUUAGAAGGAUAUUGUACUAACUCUAAGAAAAUAAGUGUACAGAGACAGUAGGCUACAAUAUACCUCAGAGAUAGCUAUGGUACAGGAGUUUUUCCUGGUCAGGUAAAAUGGUCCUUGACCUUCAAUAUCAAUAGAAACUUAGUAGUAACACUUUACUCAAAACCAACAGGUGAAAAGCAUUAAGAUGUGGUUGUAAUGCAUUUUAAUACUUGUCAUAAGCAUGUAUGAUCCCUUAUGUGUAAUUAUAAUUUCAUAAUGAUACUAAUUACAGUGCUAUAUCUGCAGUAGGCCUACAGUUGUUAUCCAUCAAUAAUGAUAAGCCACCAGGUAUAGACAACCUUGAUGGGAAACUAUUGAGAAAGGUGGCAGACUGUAUUGCCACCCCAUUUGCCAUAUAUUUAACCAAAGCCUAAAGGAGUGUGUGUGUUCGCAGGCGUGGAAGGAAGCUAAAGUUCUCUACAUUGCCAAAAGUAUGUGGACAGUAUGUGCUCGUCGAACAUCUCAUUCCAAAAUCAUGGGCAUUAAUAUGGAGUUGGUCCCCCCUUUUCCUGCUAGAACAGCCUCCACUCUUCUGGGAAGGCUUUCCACUAGGUGUUGGAACAUUGCUGCGGGGACUUGCUUCCAUUCAGCCACAAGAGCAUUAGUGAGGUCGGGCACUGAUGUUAGGCGAUUAGGCCUGGCUCAGAGUCGGCGUUCCAAUUCAUCCCAAAGGUGAUAGAUUGGGUUAAGGUUAAGUUCUUCCACACCGAUGUCGACAAACAAUUUUUGUAUGGACCUCGCUUUAUGCACGGGGGCAUUGUCAUGCUGAAACAGGAAAGGGCCUUCCCCAAACUGUUGCCAUAAAGUUGGAAACACAGAAUCGUCUAGAAUGUCAGUGUAUGCUGUAACGUUAAGAUUUCCCUUCACUGGAACUAAAGGGCCUAGCCCGAACCAUGAAAAACAGCCCCAGACCAUUAUUCCUCCUCCACCAAACUUUACAGUUGGCACUAUGCAUUCGGGCAGGUAGUGUUCUCCUGGCAUCCGCCAAACCCAGAUUUGUCCGUCGGACUGCCAGAUGGUGAAGCGUGAUUCAUCACUCCAGAGAACACGUUUCCACUGCUCCAGAGUCCAAUGGCGGCGAGCUUUACACCACUCCAGCCGACGCUUGGCAUUGCGCAUGGUGAUCUUAGGCUUGUGUGUGGCUCCUCGGGCAUGGAAACCCAUUUCAUGAAGCUCCCGACAAAGAGUUAUUGUGCUGACAUUGCUUCCAGAGGCAGUUUGGAACUCGGUAGUGUGUGUCACAACCGAGGACAGAUGAUUUUUACGUUCUACGUGCUUCUGCACUCGGUGGUCCCGUUCUGUGAGCUUGUGUGGCCUACCACUUCGCGGCUGAGCUGUUGUUGCUCCUAGACGUUUCCACUUCACAAUAACAGCACUUACAGUUAACCGCUGCAGUUGUGGCAGGGCAGAAAUUUGACGAACUGACUUGUUGGAAAGGUGGCAUCCUAUGACGGUGCCAUGUUGAAAGUCACUGAGCUCUUCAGUAAGGCCAUUCUACUGCCAAUGUUUGUCUAUGGAGAUUACAUGGCUGUGUGCUCGAUUUUAUAAAUCCGUCAGCAACGGGUGUGAAAUAGCAGAAUCCACUCAUUUGAAAAGGUGUCCACAUACUUUUGUAUAUAUAAUGUAAUUCCACUGCCUACAAAUAGUAAAUCACCAUUUGCUGACUCUAACAGCUGCCCAAUCAGUUUGCUGCCUGUUCUUAGUAAACUGAUGGAGUGGAUUGUGUUUGACUGAAUACAAUGCUAUUUUUCAGAGAACAAGUUAACUACUCACUUUCCGCAUGCAUAUAGAGAAGGGCACUAAACUUGUAAUCCACUGACUCAGAUGACUGAUGAUUAGUUAAAAUAAAUGGAUAAUAAGAUGAUAGUUGGAGCUGUAUUGUUAGAUUUCAGUUCAGGCUUUGAUGUUAUUGAUCAUAAAUUGUUAUUUUAAAAAACUCACUUGCUAUGGCUUUACAGCACCUGCCAUCACAUGGUUGGAUAGGUAUUUAUCCAAUAGAACCCAGAGAGUGUUCUUCAAUGGAAGCUUCUCUAACAUCAGAUAUGUACAGUGCGGUGUCCCUCAGGGCAGUUGCCUUGGGCCGUUACUCUUCUCUAUUUUUACAAGUGAUUUUCCACUGGUCUUACACGAAGCUAGAAUUACUAUGUAUGCAGAUGGUUCCACACUCUACAUGUCAACACCCAAAGCCAGUGAGCUCACUGAAAUUUCAAAUUAUUCUCUAAGACCUAAACCUCAACUGGAGUUGUACAUAAAGGGUGCGACCAUUGAGCAAGUUGAGGAAGCUAAACUCUUAGAUAUAACAUUAGAUGGUCAAUUAUAAUGGGCAAGUCAUAUUGACAAAGUUGUUGUGAAUAUGGUUAUGGGAGAGGGCUAUAAAAAUAUGAUUUUUGUGUAAAAUACGCAGACCAACUGUAGUUGUUGUUCUGGCUCUGCUCUUGUCCCAUCUCGAUUACUGUCCGGUAAUAUGGUAAAGCGCAGCAAAGAAAGACCUGGCAAAGCUGUAGCUGGCUCAAAACAGAGCAGCACGCCUUGCCCUUAACUGCACAUACAGAAUUAACACCAACAACAUGCAUGGCAGUCUUUCCUGGUUGAGGGUGGACGAGAGAUUAACUGCUUCUCUUCUAGUUAUGAGAAAUACAGUGUUACUGUGACAAAAAUUCCAGAUUGUCUUCAUAAUCAAAUUGACAAAAAUUCCAGAUUGUCUGCAUAAUCAAAUAACAUUCAGCACCGACAACUAUACAUACCCCACAAGAGAUGCCACCAGAGGUCUCUUCACAGUCCCCAAGUCCAAAACGAAUUCACAGCAACACAGUUUUAUACAGAGCCAUGAUCGCAUGGAACUCCCUUCCAUCUCCAAAUACUCAAGCAAACAGCAAAAUUACCUAUAAAAAAAACUGAUUAAAAAAAAAACUCAUGGAACUACGGCGACUGUGAGGGGACACAAACACUAACACACAUUAUUUUGUUGUAUUGUUUGUAUUAUUUUUUAGUAGUUGCAUUGUUUGUAUAUCGUUAUUUGUGUUACUGUCCUUGUCUAUCAGUGUAUCAGUGUUUUGUUACUUGUCGUGUUUUUUGUGGACCCCAGGAAGAGGAGCUGCUGCUUCUGCAAAAGCUAAUGGGGAUCCAAAUAAACACAAACAAAUAACAAACAGUAUCUCAGUACAAAUGAAACUGAAUAAAAUCGAAUUCCUCUCUUGACCUCCACCAGGCCCUGCCUCCAGGGGGGAUUAAAAUAUUUGUAUCCCAGCUGCACACUCACCUGGCUGGGAGAGGGGUGAGGACUGUCCUGGUGAGGGGUGGAAGAGAGGUGGAAGUAGUACAGGAGAACAAGCAUUUCAGCACCCACUAUCAGGUAACACCUCUGGGUACACAUGCACCAACAAACGCAUGCAACCAAGAAACACACACACACACACACACACACACACACACACACACACACACACACACACACACACACACACACACACACCCUCCCACAUAACACCUGGACAGAGCUCUCUCUCUCUGUCAGUUUCAGGUCAGGUAAAGUAGGGCAUCAGUAAGUGCUGACUGUCUGUCUGGCAUCUGUUAGGGUACUGCUAAAUGCUCCAGGCUUUAGUGAGGUAGGACACAUACACAUCUUUUGGGCUUCUGCAGAACACAACACAGUACUGGUGUCUGCCGUGAGACUCGUCUGCCUGUAAUACAACUCUUUCCUAUGUCUCAAGCUUCUCUAAGCAGUCUCCAAACUUCUCUGAGUGGUAUACAAACAAGACACUGCCCACUGGGCACACACUGGUUGAAUCAACGUUGUUUCCACGUAAUCUCAAUCUGGGUGGUGUCAAGUGAGACUCUCUCCACUGCCCUGUAUUCAGCUCAUAGACUAGACAAGAGACAACACUGAGUGACAUAAAAACAAGAAAUCACUGUGGUGUCAAAUGAGACUCCCCUGCCUCUAUUGCAUUCAGCCCCUCUAACUAAUCUAGAGACAAGACAACUAUGAGCGACCUAAAAACAAGAAAUCACUGUGGGAUAGUGUUGUGUUUUGAGAACAAUCUAAUGGAUGUGUUUGUGAAGUAUUUUUGUUGUCGUCUCCUCCAGAUAGUCAGAAUGCUAAGAAAGAUGGUUACUGUGCUGCCUGCAAGUAUGUUGGCUCCUCUUUUUACUGUCACAACUGUCUAAGGAGGUGGAAUAAGAUUAGAUACAUUUCAGUGUGUGUGCAUGAGUGUGUUCGGCGUGCGUGUGGGGAAUAAGAUGACACAGUUAAGGGAACAGUGAAAGACAGAAGGGACUAUUACAGACAUGGAAAGGAAGGAAAUGCCUGAGGACAUAAGACAAAAACGCUGAUACAUAAUACUGCUACAGUCUGUCACUGCAUCUGCUCUGCUGCCAGACAACAAAGAUGCAGAGUUGCCUGUUUUAAAACGAACAACGCAAAUAUUCUGUAAACCACAGCACACUUGUUGUUAGUUUGAUAUCGCAUAUGACUAGAAGUGGAAACACAUCUGCCCGAACAUUGCCUGAUUUGAGUGUGUGUUUGUGUGUCCUCCCCAUAGGGUGAUGUCCUCCUGACAAAGUGUACAUACAACACAGAGGACAGGACCCAGCCUACAGUAGUGAGUAUGCUACAGUAUGUUUAUAUUGCAGGUGCAGCCAUGCACGGAGACACGUGUAUCAAUAAAGAAUAUUGUACAUGUUUAUAUAGCACGCAAGUGGAGACACACCUCACACACACACACACAGUGUCAUGAGUAGCUUAUAUACACUAACUGUAGCCAACCAGCUCUAUGGGUUUAAUGUAGGCAUAUCCUCCAACCACAGACAGGGCUCAGAGGCUCUACUUUGAGAGGAUCUACUGCCCAGCCCAGAUUUCACUAAUCUGGGUUCAGACACAGUGGGAUGUUCAGAGCAGUGUACAGCUGCAUUGGGCUGCUGUCUGCUGAUGGUGCUGCACACACACGUGCACGCGCACAGACAGAGACAAGACAGACAGAGACAGACACAGACCAACAGAGAGACAGACAGACACACACAGUGCUGCCUGCUGUUUCCGAGGUUAUUAGGACAGAGGUAAGCCUAGGAACCUGACCUCUCUCUCCCUCCCUCUCUAUUUCUCUCUCCCUCUCCUCAUGUUGAUCCAGGGAGGCUUUGGGAUCAUGGAGGAGAUGUGUGUGAACUAUGAACUACUAUCCCCGGACUCAACUGGAGCUGUGCAAGAGCAACGUGGACCCUGGCUACUUGCAAAAGUACAUUAGCUUCAUCAACAAGUAACACACACACACACCAACGCAAGCGUGCAUACCAACCUGGAAGUAAAUCUGUCUCCCUCCAAUAAGUAUGAUACAGUGCAUUCGGAAAGUAUUCAGACCCCUUGACCUUUUCCACUUUGUUACGUUACAGCCUUAUUCUAAAACAGAUUAAAUUGUUUUCCCCCCCCUCAUCAAUCUACACUCAAUACCACAUAAUGACAAAGCAAAAACAGGUUUGUAGAAAUGUUUGCACAUUUAUUAAAAAUAAAAUGGAAAUAUGACUUUUACAUAAGUAUUCAGACCCUUUACUCAGUACUUUGUUGAAGCACCUUUGGCAGCGAUUACAGCCUCGAGUCUUCUUGGGUAUGACACUACAAGCUUGGCACACCUGUAUUUGGGGAGCUUCUCCCAUUCUUCUCUGCAGAUCCUCUCAAGCUCUGUCAGGUUGGAUGGGGAGCGUCGCUGCACAGCUAUUUUCAGGUCUCUUCAGAGAUGUUCGAUCAGGUUCAAGUCCGGGCUCUGGCUGGGCCACUCAAGGACAUUCAGAGACUUGUCCCGAAGCCACUCCUGCGCUGUCUUGGCUGUGUGCUUUGGGUCGUUGUCCUGUUGGAAGGUGAACUUCGCCCCAGUCUGAGGUCCUGAGCAGGUUUUCAUCAAGCAUCUCUCUACUCUUUGCUCCAUCCAUCUUUCCCUUGAUCCUGACUAGUCUCCCAGGCCCUGCUGCUGAAAAACAUCCCCACAGCAUGAUGCUGCCACCACCAUGCUUCACCUUAGGGAUGGUGCCAGGUUUCAUCCAGACGUGACACUUGGCAUUCAGGCCAAAGAGUUCAAUCUUGGUUUCAUCAGACCAGAGAAUCGUGUUUCUCAUGGUCUGAGAGUCCUUUAGGUAACUUUUGAAAAACUCCAAGCGGGCUGUCAUAUGCCUUUUACUCAGGAGUGGCUUCCGUCUGGCCACUCUACCAUAUAGGACUGAUUGGUGGAGUGCUGCAGAGAUGGUUGUCCUUCUGGAAGGUUCUACCAUCUCCACAGAGGAAUUCUGGAGCUCUGUCAGAGUGACCAUUGGGUUCUUGGUCACCUCCCUGACCAAGGCGCUUCUCCCCCAAUUGUUCAGUUUGGCCGGGUGGCCACUGUGUUCUCGGGGACCUUCAAUGCUGCAUACAUUUUUUGGUACCCUUCCCCACAUCUGUGCCUCAACACAAUCUUGUCUCUGAGCUCUACGGACAAUUCCUUCAACCUCAUUGCUUGUUUUUUGCUCUGACAUGCACUGUCAACUAUGGGACCUUAUAUAGACAGGUGUGAGCCUUUCCAAAUCAUGUCCAAUCAAUUGAAUUUACCACAGGUGGACUCCAAUCAAGUUGUAGAAACACCUCAAGGAUGAUCAAUGGAAACAGGAUGCAUCUGAGCUCAAUUUCUAGUCUUAUAGCAAAAAGGGUCUGAAUACUUAUGUAAAUAAGGUAUUUCUGUUUUUUUAUUUCUUAACCUGUUUUUGCUUUGUCGUUAUGGGGUAUUGUGUGUAAAUUGAUGAGGACUUGUAUUUAUUGAAUCCAUUUUAGAAUAAGGCUGUAACGUAACAACAUUUUGAAAAAGUGAUACGAAUUUGUAAUGCCUAUAAUAUGUUACGAGUUCCAAUUUGUUGUGGCUAAUGUUAGUUAGGUGGCUAACAUUAGCUAGGCUAGAGGUUAGGGUUAGGGUUAGGGGUUAAGGUUAGGGGAAGGGUUAGCUUACAUGCUAAGUAGUUGCAAAGUAGUAUGUAGUUCCAAAGUUGCUAAGUAGCUAAAAUACUAAUGUUGUCCGAGAUGUGAUUCGAACAGGUAACAUUUGGGUUGCUAGACGUUUGCGUUAUACGCCCACCCAUCCUCCCAAACCAACCUCCCUCCUUUUGUUUUUGGCUUAAGUAACCUUCUGUCUUAUGUAACCAUACCAUGUUAUGUAACCGUAACAUAUUAUACUAAUUUGAGUGGCACAGAUUUAGGUUUACUAUGUUACAUCUUUGAGGCCAAGCCAGGCUGCACACACACACACACACACACACACACACAAUACUGUAGCUUCAUCUGCUGGUAACACAUGCACAGGAUAGCUAAUAGGAGACACCCAUCCUCUUUAUUAAGAAGAGUUAGCUGCCAUCUUUAACCGAUCAUACACUGUAUCUUCAUUUUUUGUUUUGCUGACUCUACUACCAUUAUAGAAACAAUCUCUCGAGACCAAUCAAUCUUCUCCACAUCAAACAGCUCUUAUGUUAAGCAGAUUAAAUCAACUCACACAUCACACUAACCAGCAGAAGACACUUGGUUUCCCGAUAGCAAUGGAACUAAAAGGGAUACUUCGGGAUUUUGGCAAUAAGGCCCUUUAUCUACUUCCCAGAGUCAGUUGUGGAUACCAUUUGUAUGUCUCUGUGUUCAGUAUGAAGGAAGUUAGAGGUAGUUUAGAGUGUUUUAACAAUGCAUCAUUACUAUAAUGGCCAAAGACGUCACAUGCGUUUCCCAAAAUACUACAGUGGGAAAGUUCACUAAGUGUGUCGUUGGAGCAAGUGUCGAUAUUGAUAUCGAAAGAAAGGCAUCACUGCUCUCAGAUCAGCUUUCUCCAUUCAUAUCUUAACAUUAGAAUUGUUCCACAAUACUGACUACGAAUCAGCUCCUAGAGUGCUUCGGCCAACCCUAUAAUAAUGCACAAAAUCACAGAUUUGGCACAUCAUUGAGCAUGUUGUUACACAUCAUGAACUAUAUUGAGGCAAAAAUGACAGACGGUACCCUACAAUCAGCAAAAUAGAACUCAAUUGAUUGAACAUGAAAGGUAUUUAUUUCAAUAUGAUUGAAUUAUAUAGGCCUAUGCAGCCAAAUACUGGAUUUGUAUUUUAAUGCAGUCAUCUGUUUUCAUUUGAAGCAUCCUUUUAUCCUUCGCUUGUUUGUAACAAUUGCAAAGACAUUACCAACUUCGUUCUGAAGUUAUCAGGAGAAACACUUUUCAUGCCACUUCAAUAUAGCUAUAACCGGAAGUGACUUUUUCGUAGCAGGUUAGGAGAACUUAUGCAGCAGGUUAGGAGAAUUAGGCUAAGGUUAGGAAAAUAGUUAGGGUUAGCGAAAAUGCUCUCCUAACCUGCUACGAAAAUAACUUCCGGUCGCAGCUGUAUUAAAGUGGCGGUUAUAGGCGGUCACAGAAAGACAGAUAAACAUCCUGAUUCUAUGUUUAGCGGUGAUCUUCUAUGUAUAAAGUGAUGCGUAAUGGCAAAAAAAAAGCAUCUGACGACACACUUACAGCUACAGUAGCUGUAACUGUUCUACCAGUGGUCUGGGGCAGAUGGUUAAUAGCGAUUUCAAGUGCAACUUUAGUACGAUUGUUUUGGAAACCGGCUCAGAGAUUUAACGAUGCUCCUAGGUUCUAACGAUUAACUUAGCCUUAAGAUGCUUUUGGGAAACCGGGCCCUGCAAAACAUACCAACACAUACAAUAAUGUCAACCUGAUCCAUAUUAAGCCACAUCCUUAUGCUGAUGCACUUUUUACAACAAAGCUCUGUCUAUCAGGGAGUUACAAUAUAAGCAUGACCAUGCUUGGUCACUUAAUGUCUCAUCCACCCUCACUGCCCUCUCAUUCUCCCCCUCUCCCUUUGUGUCCCUCCCUCCCUCCCUCCUCUCAGGUUCCAGGGUGGUGAUGUGUGUAGCUGUGGUCAGACCAGUGUGACCGACCAGUUCACCGCUUUGUCCUGGGACUCCUUCAGUGGAGAGGAGCUCAACAAUCUCUACAAUACCGCUCCCAUCUCCAUGGUCUGUAACCAGUCCUCCGCCAAGCUAUUCUCUGUAAGUACACCCCCGUCAUCGCAAGAACUGUUCGUCGGGAGCUUCAUGAAAUGGGUUUCCAUGGCCGAGCAGCCGCACACAAGCCUAAGAUCACCAUGUGCAAUGCCAAGCGUCGGCUGGAGUGGUGUAAAGUACUUAAGUAAAAAUACUUGAAAGUACUACUUAAGUUAUUUUGGGGGGUAUCUGUACUUUACUAUUUCUAUUUUUGACAACUUUUACUUUACUACAUUCCUAAAGAAAAUUAUGUACUUUUUACUCCAUACAUUUUCCCUGACACCUAAAAGUAGUCAUUACAUUUUGAAUGCUUAGCAGGACAGGAAAAUUGCCUAAUUCACACACUUAUCCAGAGAACAUCCCUUCAAUUGUAAAGGAGCAUGCCCCUGGCUAUCCGUAAAUAAAAAAGAACAAGAAAAUGAUGCCGUCUGGUUUGCUUUAUAUAAGGAAUUUGAAAUUAUUUAUACUUAAGUGUAUUUAAAACCAAAUACUUUUACUCAAGUAGUAUUUUACUGGGUGACUUACACUUUUACUUGAGUCAUUUUCUAUUAAGGUAUCUUUACUUUUACUCAAGUAUGACAAUUGGGUACUUUUUCCACCACUGUUCGCCGCCAUUGGACUCUGGAGCAGUGGAAACGUGUUCUCUGGAGUGAUGAAUCACGCUUCGCCAUCUGGCAGUCCGACAGACGAAUCUGGGUUUGGCGGAUGCCAGGAGAACGCUACCUGCACCAAUGCAUAGUGCCAACUGUAAAGUUUGGUGGAGGAGGAAUAAUGGUCUGGGGCUGUUCUUCAUGGUUCGGGCUAGGCCCCUUAGUUCCAGUGAAGGGAAAUCUAAAUGUUACAGCAUACAAUUACAUUCUAGAUGAUUCUGUGGUUCCAACGUUGUGGCAACAGUUUGGGGAAGGCCCUUUCCUGUUUCAGCAUGACAAUGGCCCCAUGCUCAAAGCGAGGCCCAUACAGAAAUGGUUUGUCGAGAUCGGUGUGGAGGAACUGGACUGGCCUGCCCAGAGCCCUGACCUCAACCCCAUCGAACACAUUUGGGAUGAAUUGGAACGCCGACUGCGAGCCAGGCCUAAUCGCCCAACAUCAGUGCCCGACGUCGCUAAUGCUGGUGGCUGAAUGGAAACAAGUCCCCGAGGCAAUGUUCCAACAUCUAGUGGAAAGCCUUCCCAGAAGGGUGGAAACUGUUAAAGCAGCAAAGGGGGGACCAACUCCAUAUUAAAUGGCCAUGAAUUUGGAAUUUACAGUAGCAGUUUACCACAGUGCUCUAUGAAAUGAGGGUGGCAGGUAGCCUAGCGGGUACAGCGUUGGGCCAUUAAACCGAAAGGUGGUUGGUUCGAAUACCUGAGCUGACAAGGUGUAAAAUCUGUUAAUGUGCCCUUGAGGAAGGCACUUAACCCUAAUUUGCUCAAGGGGCGCCGUAUUACUAUGGCUGACUCUGUAAAACAACGGGUUUUUUUUUUAUGACUGGGGAUGUGUGUUUCUGACUGGCUGAUGGCAGCUGGGCUAGUGACAGAUAUAGACAGGGCCAGUGGCAGGGGAGGGAGGCGGUGAGUGAGUAUUUCAUUUACCAUGACAUCCUCACCUGAACCUGCGCCCUUGGUCUCAGGCUGAAUCGUGCAGCCCUCCCUGCCAACCAGGUCCCAGUGUUUGGAUGGGCAUAUGUAUGCCAGGCUGGCACAGCCCAUCGUCAGGGACCUGCGUGACUGGAGACUAACUGUACCAUACAGGGGAUAUGCUCAUAGAGAACCACUGCACAGACAUAUGCACAAAUACCAUGCAUAACACACAUGAUCAAACACACAGUUCAUUAGUUCAAAUGUGGAGGUAACCAUCACACGAGACAAGGCAAAAGUUAAUAGUACAUUUAAAGUCCUCACAGUACAAUGUUGUUCACACAAACUUGUCACCUUGCGUGACUGUUUCUGUGGUCCUGUGACAGGGCGACUGGGAGAGGCAGGAGCUUCCUGUAGUGACAUCACAGCUCCAGAGGCCCCUUUACCCAUGUGAGGGAGGGGGAGGGGGGAGUGGGGGGGCAAACUCCCCUGCCAAAGCAGUGAGCCCAUCAUGGUGCAGCCCCCGGGAGACACCACCUCCCGUCUGA